GUGCCCAACAGACCGCAAUUCCCCACCUUGUGUUGUAUCUCUGACUGUACAGAGGAGUACAUUGUAUGACUGUUUGUGUUUAAUUCAUUUUAGUGUAAAUUUUCUGUCCAUUGUGCUCGGGAAAAUGUGUGUAAAAAGGUGUCUCAAAGUGGGAGACGCAAUUAGAGACUCUAGUGUUAUUCUGGAUUUUGACAAAGUUAAACAUCUAUACCUUUUCCCUCAACAAGUUACCAAUUCCUCUAGGUAGAAUUCUAGUGCGGAAGUGUGAGAAAUAAUCUAAAUUUUAGAUGAUAAGAGUGGUGAUAAGAUGUGCAAUAAUGGAUAAAAGUGAUAAGAGUAGUAAAAUCUUGAAGAUUGUGGUGAUUUUUUGGCGGGAAAACCUUUUUCAAUGAAUGAGGAAGGAUUUUUGAGAGGAAAAAUUGGGUUUGAAAAGAGAUUUUCUGUUGCAAUAUAUUACCUAGUUUCUUGUUUUUUUGGGUGAAAUAAAUAUUUUGCAAGAUAGAGAGUGAAAGUUACCCAAAAAAAAGAUGCAUAAAUUCAUGGUGGUGAAGAAGUCAUCGCGUGAAUUGGAGCAGGACGCUUCGUCAUCCCAAAAAAGUUCAUCUGAAGAAAUGCCUGUGAUUAAAAUGUGUGGAUACCUGAAGAAGAAGAGAAAUCGCGUUGGUGGUUGGCAAAAAUUGUGGUUUAUUCUACAAAAUCAACUUCUACUCUCCUACAAAUCCCGAGAAGACUAUGAGAAGAAAUUGGCUCCAUUUAGAGAUGUUCUGAAUCUCGUUCCGGGCACUGUCAUUCGUCCCUCUUCGAGGAUUCGUUUCACAAUUGAAUCAACCUCAAACAUCAUCUACACAUUUCGCUGCAACGACACCAAAGAAUGCUCUCAGUGGAUCAGUUCAAUUGUCGAUAGUCUCAAUCAGCAGCACAGCACAAAUGCAAGAGGAAGCUUAGCACUAUUUUCCACAUCAAUGGAAAAAUGCUCAAGACUCCCAAAGUUGCCAAUAAUUAAAAAUACAGCACGUAUUCUCAAAUAUCGUGAUUUCGACGAUGAGACCUAUUCUGACGAUGAGGAAAAUGAAGAAACUGAAAUUACAGAAUACGUGAAUGCCGUUAUUCAGGAUUCUGGAUUGUGCGAGGGAAGGCACCCAGAAAGGGGAAAUUCAGUGAAUCAGUAUCUCGAAUACCAUCGUAGUGGCAAGAUGUUUUCAUGCACCAUGAGUGCAUCGGCUUGUGGUGUAUCCCUCCUUCGGAACUAUCAUCAUACCGAGGAAAAAAUUGACGAAGAUAUUCUCGAGGAGGGCGAUGAAGCUGAAAAUAAACAAGAAGAUUACAGUGACACUGAAGAACAAACAUUAUGUAUUUCACUGGACGAUAAAAUUUCCCUGGCGUGUGACGAUGAAAGUGAGAUUUUUCAUGAAGAAAAACCAUUAAAAAUUGACGAGCCAAUUUAUGCUGCUGUCGACCUCAAAGACAAGUAUGCAAGGAGGGCUAAACUGAAAGAGGAACAGGAAAGGGGCAAGAGUAUUUCCAGUGAUUAUGAAGAGAUUGUUAACUUGCCCACAUUGCCGGAAAAUCGCGAUAAAAUACAGAAAAUCUCAGAAUCAGACGAAGAGGACAACAUUUACGAGCCUAUUGAAAUUGCCAGCGACAUGUCCUACGACAGCAGAGAAGGACGCAAUGGGAUGUGGAAAUACUUCUCUAGUCGCAUCAACAUGGACAACUUCACAGACUUCACUCGAAGACAUCGAAGAAGGGAAGACAGUGCUCCCGAGCCAGCGACACCCUUUGUAUCAUCCCUGGCGGAGAUCCGGAAGAAAUGGGGCUCACAUCGGAGUUCCAUAAAGAAUCGCAUGAAACGCAUCUACAGCCGAAGAAUGACAAAAUCCAUGCCAGAAGUUGGUGGGAAAUCGCAGAAUGAGGAAAGAAAAUUAUUCAGAAGCCUAUCGAGAUUCAAAUUCCCACGGGCAUCAUCCCUACUGGAUGACUUGGCGUCCAGGAGACGCCUGGUUGAGGAACCUUCAGCCGUAGGAGCAAAAGAAGAAACUGGUCAAGUGGAUAAAUUUCCCAAUGGGAAAGUCGUAUGCCAUAGCACAUUUUAUUACUAAAGACAUCAUUAAUUCAUUUUAAAGGGAAAUUAAUACAAUUUUUCAUUGAAUCAGAA